GACGGCUGCAUUCCUUCCGUCAGUUCUUUUCGCAGCGAAAACUCGUCUGACACGCACGAACUUUCCCUUCAUUUCUGUCCGGAAUCACAAAUUUCGACAGAAAAUGUCUCGAAACCGUGCGGCCGAAGAAACGGACAAGCAGACGCGUAUCGCGAUCGUCAGCUCGGACAAAUGCAAACCGAAGCGAUGCCGGCAGGAGUGCAAAAAGUCCUGCCCGGUAGUGCGGAUGGGUAAGUUGUGUAUCGAGGUGGCGAUCGACUCGAAGAUCGCGACGCUGUCCGAAGAGCUGUGCAUCGGGUGCGGUAUUUGCGUUAAGAAGUGUCCGUUCGAGGCGAUCACGAUCAUCAACAUCCCGAGUAACUUGGACAAGCACACGACGCACCGCUACUCGAAGAACUCGUUCAAGCUGCACCGGUUGCCGAUUCCUCGGCCCGGUGAGGUGCUCGGACUGGUCGGUCAGAACGGUAUCGGCAAGUCGACUGCGCUGAAGAUUCUGGCCGGCAAACUGAAGCCCAACCUCGGUCGUUUCGACGACCCGCCAGACUGGACCGAUAUUCUAGCCCAUUUCCGAGGCAACGAGCUGCAAAAUUACUUCACCAAGAUCCUGGAGGACAGUUUGCGGGCGCUGAUCAAGCCGCAGUACGUCGAUCAGAUUCCCAAGGCGAUCAAAGGAACGCUCGGGGCGUUGCUGGACAAGAAGGAUGAACGCAAGAACCAGAUGGAGAUCUGCGGUAUGCUCGAUUUAACGCACAUCCGUGACCGAGAAAUCCAGGCGCUCUCUGGCGGAGAGCUACAACGCUUCGCGUGCGCCAUGGUGUGCAUCCAGGACGGGGACAUCUUCAUGUUCGACGAGCCGUCCUCGUAUCUGGACGUGAAGCAACGUCUGAACUGUGCCCUGACGAUCCGCUCGCUCAUUCACCCCGACAAAUUCAUCAUCGUCGUCGAGCACGAUCUGUCUGUGCUGGAUUAUUUGUCCGAUUUUAUAUGCUGCCUGUACGGUGUGCCCGGUUGCUACGGUGUGGUCACGAUGCCGUUCUCGGUUCGGGAAGGCAUCAACAUUUUCCUCGAUGGCUACGUGCACACGGAGAACAUGCGGUUCCGGACGGAGUCGCUAACCUUUAAGGUGUCCGAGUCGGCCUCGGAGGAGGAAAUCAAACGGACCUGCCACUACGUGUACCCGACGAUGAAGAAGAAGCUGGGUUCGUUCACGCUCACCGUUAACGAUGGACAGUUUAGCGAUUCCGAGAUUCUUGUGCUGCUGGGCGAAAACGGAACCGGGAAGACCACCUUUAUUCGCAUGCUGGCCGGCAACCUGAAACCGGACGAGGAAUCGGAACAGCUGCCGGUGCUGAAUAUUUCGUAUAAGCCGCAAAAGAUCUCACCGAAGAGCCAGUCGACGGUGCGCUACCUGCUGCAUGAGAAGAUCCGCGAUGCGUACAUCCACCCACAGUUCGUGGCCGACGUGAUGAAGCCGCUCAAGAUCGAGGAAAUUAUGGACCAGGAGGUGCAGAACCUGUCCGGUGGCGAGUUGCAGCGCGUUGCGCUCGUCCUCUGCCUCGGCAAACCGGCCGAUGUCUAUCUAAUUGACGAACCGUCCGCCUAUCUCGAUUCGGAGCAGCGUCUUAUUGCGGCCAAGGUUAUCAAGAGGUACAUUCUACACGCCAAGAAGACGGGCUUCGUGGUGGAGCACGAUUUUAUUAUGGCCACCUACCUGGCCGAUCGGGUGAUUGUAUUCGAAGGCCAGCCGUCGGUCGACACUACCGCCCACACGCCACAGUCUCUGUUGAACGGCAUGAAUCGGUUCCUGGAGCUGCUAGAGAUCACAUUCCGGCGCGAUCCGAACAACUUCCGGCCAAGAAUCAACAAACUGCACUCGGUGAAGGAUGUGGAGCAAAAGCGUGCAGGGCAGUAUUUCUUCUACGAGGAAUCUUAAUAAGUUGGUCGCUGCCGGCCUCGCGUUUUUAUGAAUCGAACCGGACACGCGGAAAACGACAUCAACAGUAUGGAAAGGUAAAGAGAGUUUCAAUCAAGUGGAGCAGUUCCCUUCUACACUAUACCUCCCUUCCCGCCUGUACUGGGCAUGCUGGACAAAGAAGUGUUGCAUUAAUGGACGAAUUGUGUUGUUUUGUUUACUUUUUUUUACUUUCCUUACAAUAACGGUUUUUUAAUGUGACAUUUCUUUUCGCUUACAAUAAAUACAGCGUGUAAGAAUACGGGAAAACACCCAA